AUGGAUGGGAAACCCAAUCUCAUGAAGCAGAAUUUAAAGGGAAUUUGUUAUGCUGAUGCAAACAGCGAGGAUAGAUUAUGUAAUCUACCUGAUUUACUGUUAAGUAACAUCUUAUCCUGCCUGUCAAUACAGGAAGCAACUCGAUCAUCUGUUCUAUCUAGAUCUUGGGUUGACAAGUGGACUGCCAUUAACAAGUUGAAAAUAUUGUAUCAGCCACAAUACCCGGAAAUGCUAUUCCUGAAAAAUGUAGAGAAGAUACUUGGGAAGGUUUCGUGCAUAAAAGAAGUAGAACUUUCCUGUUGUUCUGAACGUAUUCUUGAAAGCCAUAUAAAUGCAUUGCUGUCAGUUGUGCUGAAGUGUGAAUCAUUUCGCAGCCUUUUCUUUGAAGAUAUAGGAAGAAAUGUUGUUUUCAGUUCUUCUUUGUUCGGUGUCAAUUUAUUGACCAAAUUGGUACUGAGGAGUUGCCGUUUUGCAUUCAGUGCUGACAUUUGUUUUCAUCAUCUUAGAUCUCUGAAGCUUAAUUUAGUUCUACUUGAGAAUUCUGAUAAUACUCCUAGGAAAAUCUUCUUCAACAUGCCAGUACUUGAAGAGUUUGAAUCGAGUUGGUGCACAUUUUUCAAUGUGAAGAGCAUCAAAAUAGAUCCUCCUUUGCUGGCCAGCUUUGAGAUGACUUCGUGCAAGUACUAUGACAACCACUUCCGUAUGCACGAUCAAUGUGUUUGUGGAGAUCUCUGGGUGCUUGACCUGUCUUCGAGGGUUAUGAUGGCUUUACAACGCGUAGCUCCAUAUCCGUUUCCGAUGUUUGAUAAUUUGAAGCACGUCAAGUUUUCUCUACUGUGUGGUUACCUGCAUAUUACAGCCGUGGAAUUACUCCAGAAUACACCACAUCUGGAGAUGCUCAUUAUUUCAUCGGAGAUGUGCGAAGAAUGCAGGAAGUGUACAGAUGCCGAAAGAGGAGCAUGCAUCUCAAGGAAUAGUUCCUGGUUUGAAAGUGGCAUUGGAAACAAGAGCUUGCCGGCUAACUUCUUAGCUCAUCUCAAGAUGGUGAGGUUUGAAUACUCCCCUGCUUGGGACCUGGAGAUUUUCUUAGUAAAGUUUUUGUUGAUGCAUGCAUCUGUGCUCGAGGAGUUGAGAUUUCCAUUCUCAUGUGCUGUACUUUCUAAGGAAAUAGAAGAUCAAUUUUUACUGUUCCCCGGAGCCUCUAGCCCAGUAUCACUAGUUUUCUACCCUCAACGCAUAAACUAG